GACGCCAUUGGUGCGGUGCGAUCUUUCUAAACAAACCACAUGCGUUUCACAUCCAAAAUAAAGGAACAACAUUGCCGAAGUUUGUGAAAAUGUCUCGACGUCCUGAACACAUCGCUCCACCGGAGAUUUUCUACAACGAGGAUGAAGCGAAAAAGUAUACAAACAACACACGCAUAAUUGAUAUUCAGGUACAGAUGUGUGAACGUGCCAUCGAACUUUUGGCACUGGAUCCGGACGAUGAUUCUCCGCAACUAAUUCUCGAUAUCGGUUGCGGUUCUGGACUUUCCGGUAGUGUGCUCGAGGAUCAGGGCCAUUUUUGGAUCGGGGUCGACAUAUCCAACCACAUGCUGGACGUCGCAAUUGAUCGUGAGGUCGAGGGUGAUUUGUUGCUCGGUGACAUGGGUGAAGGGAUGCCUUUUAAAGCUGGUACAUUUGAUGGUGCCGUAUCGAUUUCGGCUCUACAGUGGCUUUGUAAUGCGGAUAAAAAAUCACACGUUCCACCGAAACGGUUGUAUCAGUUCUUCAGUACCCUGUUUUCGUGUUUGACUCGCAAUGCCAGGGCGGUAUUUCAGUUUUAUCCUGAAAAUGCAGAUCAGAUCGAGCUGGUGACUUCGCAAGCUAUGAAAGCUGGCUUCUACGGUGGUAUUGUAGUGGAUUAUCCCAACUCUACGAAGGCGAAGAAAUACUUCCUAGUGCUGAUGACUGGCGGUGUAGCUAAGCUUCCCGUGGCUCUCGGAACUGAUGAAAGUACGGGACAGAUCGGAUACAAUCGAAAGCAAGCGGAAUACGCGAAGAAAGCUCGGGGAAAACCACUGAAAAAGUCCCGCGAAUGGGUAUUGGCCAAGAAGGAACGCCGAAGGGAGCAUGGUGAAGAAACGCGCAGAGAUUCACGAUUCACGGCAAGGAAGCGAAGUGGACGGUUUUGAAAAGUAAAUCAUCAUCUUCAUAAAUCAAUCAAAGAAACUUAGCUGACGCGUUGACUUUCGACUCUCGUUGCACAGGAGCCUUCUGUAUAUUGUUAUUGUUCUAAAAUAUGUACAGAUAAAUAAUACGAUGACUCCUGUU